AUGGAAUCAAAAAUAGACUUUAAUUAUUUUUUAAGUGAAAGAGCAAAAAGAAGACCAAAGGCCUCAAAGUUUAUUAAUUUUAUUUUUACCACCAAAGAUGAAUGGACUAUGUUUGGAGCUGGAAUUCCAAAUAUUUGUUUUAAUCCAUUUAAAUCAUUAGAGUUUAGCAUUAAUGAUGAAAACAAUAGCAAAAUCACUCUAACUCAACAAGAAUUGAAUAUUGCACAAGAAUAUCCACGGGGAUACGGUUAUCCUGGAUUAUUAGAUACAUUAAGAGAUUUCCAAUCAAGAUUCCAUGGUUUAGAUGUUAAUAAUUAUGAAAAGACAUGGGAGUUAUUUUUAACAAAUGGAUCACAACAUUCUAUUGCUGUGAUAUUUGAAAUGAUGUUAAAUGAUGGUGAUUCCUUACUUAUUGAAGAACCAACUUAUGGUGCUGUUGCAUGUGUAUCAAAUUCAAGAGAUAUAAAUAUGGUAGCUUUGGAAAUGGACGAUGAAGGAAUAAUUCCAGAAAAUCUAGUUUCAAUACUAUCAAAUUGGGAUUAUAAAAAACGUUUUCCAAAACUUAUGUACUUGAUUCCAGUUGGUCAAAAUCCCACAGGAUUAAUAUAUUCUCAAAAGAGAAAGCUUGAAAUACUAUCAAUUGCAAAAAGAUUCAAUAUUUUAAUAUUAGAAGAUGAUCCUUAUUAUUUUCUUCAGUUCCCAAAAGAAGGUCAAGAUGAUUUAGAAACGAUUCCUUUAGAACCAUCAUUCCUCUCAAUGGAUAAAGAAGGUAGAGUAAUCAGACUUGAUAGUUUUAGUAAAGUUUUAGCUCCAGAUUCAAUGAAAGAGAUACUCGAUAAACAUCUUGGAGAUCUUGUUCAAUACAGAGUACCAGAUGCUGGAAUGUACUUUUGGUUGAAAUUCCAAGAUUUAGAAGAUUCUUUUACUUUUAUUAAAACAUAUAUGAUACCAACUCAAAUUCUUUUUGCUCCUGGUGUAACAUUUUCAAACUUUAGAGGUUUUAAUCAAUAUUUAAGAGCAUCAUUUACACAUAUAUCUCUAGAAGAAAUGGAUACAACAAUUGAAACAUUUUCAAAAGUAUUAAAACAAUAUAUCAAAGAUAAAAAAGAAAGAAAUGAAUAA